CGAACUGGCAACUGUGUCAAACGGUAGAACAUUCGAAUUGCUGUUUUUCAUAUUUUCAUUCUUCUUUUGUUUUAAAUUCAAGCAAAUGGAAUCAGUCGAAUCUGAACUCCUAAAAAAUCUUGAAAAUCUAUUUGGUUUUCAGUUCGGUAAGGGGAAAAAAUUUCGAGACCUCGAUACACGUGAUUUCUUAGACGUGUACAAGAUUUUCUUUCGAAUUUACGAUUCAGCAUGGCUUCUGAGUGAUGGCAAACCAAAAACGUCAGUUUUAAAACAAAUUCAAAGUUUCCUGCAGCGUAUGGAACUUGGUCACUUGAUUCUUAAAGGAGAAGACUUGCUUGAUCCAAAAAAAAACUGUCGGCUUCUGGGUGCCAUAAUUUCAAAACUAGAAAGUAGACAUAACGGAACCAACAACAUACAAGCAGCUGUUCGCAAAAUAAGAUUAUUAAAACCUAAAACAGCCACAGAAAAGAAUCACCUUCGAAAGCCAAACUCGUCAGGGUCUAGUGGAGAAGAAGAACCUGUCAAUCCAGAGCUUAUUAUACCUCAUAAGGGUAAAGAAUUACCAAGGACACCACCUACUAAACUGGGACCUGAAACAGAUGUUAAUAAACCAGAUUUUCUUAAACCAACGGCUGCUCCAUCACCUUUACCUGUUCAUCCAAAAACCUACACAACUUCUGCGAAAAUAGUAUCCACACAGAAGGGAUUUCGACCCAUUCUUCCUACUAAAGAAAUUCCACGUACGCCGAUGAAAGGCGUUGAAGUUACAACACCAGUUGACGGAUUACUUGCAGGUCAUAAUUUGACAGUAGAUUUUUCUUCAGCUCGUCUCACGUCAUCUAAUACGUCAACGCCCUACGACUCCCGGACGUCCAGAAAUAAGAAUUCGUCUAGUGACGGUGACGCUACGUUUGUUAUCCCUACCAAACCGCACGCCAUGGCAAAUCCAGAUCAAAGACCCGACGGAGAGCUCUCCGAGUCUGAAGAAGAAGACGUGUUUGUAGAUGCGAAUGCAAUGGCGGAUACUUACGUCAAAGAGCCGAACGUGAAAAAUCAAAUAAAAGCACCUUCUGGAGGCUUCGACAAUACCUGGGUGUUGGAGAUGGAAAAUCCAGACACCAAAAGCGAAAAUGCGUCACAACCGGCAGUGGCACCUGAGCCUCAGAGUACAGCCAAUGCCUCAAAGAAAAAACCUGGAAAAGCUCCAGCGAAUACCAAAGCAAAAGACAAGCCAAACUCUGCUGCAGCCAAAACUAAAGAUGACGAAGACGUGGCCGUGAAAAAAGCAACAGAGACCAUGCCAGAAAAUGGAGUAACUAAUCGUGCGGCAACUGACACUUUAACGGUCGUACCAAAGAGUAAAAAAGGAAAGAAACCUGCCAAAAUGGAAUCAAAUAACCACGAUACCGAAACAGUGACCGAUGCGAUUGCUGAACCCUUGGAAUCGGAACCUGUCCCGCCCAUAGAGACCAAGGGAAAGAAAGGACGAGGAAAGAAAGCUGUUGGGAAAAAGGAAGCCAUCGAAGACAUUGCUGCCAAUGCUGAUCCUCCCGUAUCACCUGAAGCUCCAGUUGCUGAAACUGAGGCAAAGAAAGGGCGAGCAAAGAGGCCAAGCAAAAAGGAAACCAACCAAGAUGAAGUGCUUGAAACAAAGGCUGAUCCUCCUCCUGCUGUUGUCGAACCUGAGGAACCUGUUGCUGAGGUCAAGGGGAAAAGGGGACGAGGAAAGAAGGCCGUAGCUAAAAAAGAGGUUGCCGAAGAUAAUCACGUUGAAAGUGUUGCCGAACCCUUACCACAAGAAACAGAAGUCAUGGAAGCGAAAAAAGGACGUGGAAAGAGACCCAGCAAAAAGGAAACAAGCGAAGAGAACCACGUGGAAGAGGUCGUGGAAAAAGAACUUGCAACUGAACACGAGACCGUCCCUCCAGUUGCCGAAUCUAAGGAGAAGAAAGGCCGUGGAAAGAAGGCUCAACCCGCAUCGAAGCCCGAGGAGAAUGUUUCCAUUACCGAAGAGAAAUCAGAGCCCGUUGUUACGUCACCAGUAGUGGAGGCCAACGAUGAACCAGCAGCCAAACCUGGUCCUAAACCCAAAAUGGGUCCUAAAUCUAAGACGGGACCCAAAUCUAAAGUAGAACCCAAACCAGCUGUGGAAGAAGCUGAAAAUCCAGAACCCGAAAUUCAAGAGAAAAAAGGACGAGGAAAGAAAAUGACAUCAGCUGAUUCCACGCCGCAAACAGCAGCGAAAGAUCCUCCACCAGCCGAAGCUGUGCCCGUCGGCGAAACGAAUGAAAUUUCGCCCGUUGUCGAAGUGAGAAGAGGCCGUGCCAGAGGAAAGGCAACGGCCGAGGAAGUGAACGAAGCCGAACGUAAGCAAUCGGCUAGUCCAGUCAAAGCUGAGUCUGACCUUAAAGAGAAACGAGGUCGUGGAAGGGCAGCAGCUAAAGACGGAACAGAUAAAGCCGUCAAGACGGACGAAGAGGCGUUACCAAGUGUCGAGCCUGAACCUCCCAUCGCUGCUGUAACCGACGUCAAAGAAAAGAGGGGCCGAGGACGUCAGGCCAAGACGGAAGCGACGCCCGCUGUUGAAGAAAUGAAAGAUACGGCCAAAAGUCCGGAAGCUGUCCCAAUUAAAAAAGCACGCGGGAAGAAGGGCGUUCCAGUGGCGAAAGAAUCUGUUGAAGCAGAGCAUGAAGUCGAAGUUGGUGAAGAUACGAAAGCCAAAGGAAAGAAAGCGGUAGCUAAAAAGUCAGUCGAAGAAGAAGAAGAAGAAAUUGUUCCAGAAACAGCUGAAAAGAUACAGAAAGCUACGACAAAAAGAGGCAAGGCCGCUUCGGUUCCAGAAGAUGCCGAGCCGAGUCCAACUAAGAAAUUAAAAGAAGAUGCAGUCGAGUUGGAAGGUCCUCGAAAGUCGUCGAGGAAGAAAGCGGAAACCGUCAAAUCGUACGAUGAAUCAUCGGAACGAAGUGGACCGAUCUCGCCCAAGAAAAGGGGAGCUAAAAAGAAGCCCAAUAUCGAUGAAGUCGAAGAAGCUGACGAUCAGAAGAAGAAGCCGGCCAAAAAAAAAGGAACUUCCGAUACUCCAGAAAUUGAGCCGCCCAAAUUUGGUGCAUCCAAACGGACCAAUAAACGUGGCCAGGCCGAAGAAGCCAUUCCAUCGCCUACGUCCGAUGAGAAGAAACGGGGCGGUGCGAAAAAGGCCAUCAAAUCGCCGGAAUUGCCUCUGAAAGUUGUCAAUGGAUUAGAAACCGAUACGGCGGCUAGUCCGGCCAAACGAGGCAAAUUAUCCGAAGAUAACGAAGCGUCGGAAGAGCCGGAAAAGAAAACGGGGCGCAACAGGAAAAAGAAGGACGUGCCGCUACCCGUUGAAACUGAGAACGAAUCGCCCGUUAUCGGGCCGAAGAGAGGUCAGCGUGGAGCCAAAGAAGAAGAAGAAGAAGUUUCACUUGCUUCCGUCGAUGUUGAAAAGAAGAAACCGGCCAGCCGGAAGAAGCUUGCCGUUGCCCCGGAAGAAGAAACUGACAGUUCAGCGGUUCAGCCUAAACGGGGCAAACGGGUUCGUGCCCCGACUGCUGAUUCCAAUGUGUUUGUCACUAUUAUUGCUGGCCAACAGUCGACAGAUCCUUCUCCAGCUGGGCCGCCGCUAUCCAAGUCACGUCGAUUGAAAUUGGUGGAACAGCCGACAUCAGUGACAACUGCAUCAGAUGAUGAAAUGCCUGCACCUGCUGUCACAACUAAACGCACUUAUACCCGUCGCAACAAGUAAUUUGUUCUUUUUUUUUUCGAACUGUGUGUGAUUUGACAUUGUAAUCGUAUCCUAGCAACGACAUGUGAUUUUGUUCGUGGUUCGUCAUGGAUUAUUUUGGGUGAUUUUAAGUUACUUCUUCCGUGUAUUUCUGUUGCUUCGAUUUUCCU